GCGCUUUUGACAUCCAUUUGAAAAAAGUUUGAUAUUCAUAUAUCUAGCAUAAGCACAGAAAAGGCGAAUUGAUUCUAAGCGAGCAACUGGGCAAAGGUUUCAUCAUAGUCUAUGCCCUCCUCCUGAUUAUAUCCUUGGGUAACUAGACGAGCUUUAUUUUUAAUAAUGCAUCCAAGUUCAUCAGACUUAUUUCUAAAAAUCCAUUUAGUACCAAUAACAGUGAUGUUAAUAGGUCGAGGAACAAGUUUUCCACAAAAUCCCAUUCAACUUAUUAUAAGCAUAUCCAGUUUGCAGCAAACUAAUCAUUUUCAAUAUUAUCGCAAUUCUUCGUGUAGUUGAUAAUGAUGUAAUUGCACAUAUUUGCGCCCCUAGUUCUUAUCCGUUUGAGAGGCAUAGUCGUGUGUUUUUGGCCUAUUUUACGCCGGGUUGUGUUAUUUUGUCAUAUUUCAUGUCCCAGGCGUCAAAGGAAAGGCUAAGCACGAGUUACGGGGCAUUCGGAAGUCAUUUCGUCGAGCUGGAGCCAAAACACGGGCACACCUAAAACAGAACAUGGCCGUGUUCUGUAGCCGUGCUUUUACUGCCGAGAGCUAAUUGAGUUUGGCAAAUUCAAGCUGCAAACACGGGCUGAAAGCACGGCCGUGUCCACCAAAGCAAGGCCGUGUCCUCCCAAAAGCACGGCCGUGUUUCUCCCAACACAAUGGCCGUGUAAUUAACCCUAGCCAAAGCACGGGCGGGCUGAGGCAUUACACGGCCGCGCCCUCGACCGUGCUUUGGCCACUGAUGCCCUUUUAAGCAGAUUUCAGCCAAAACAGAAGGGGAUUCGAGUUUUGAGAGAGAUAGAGCGAUUCCUAGAGAGAGAAAGCGACGAACAAGAGUCUCCAAGUGCCCUAGCUUGAUCUUCAUCACCAUUGGAGACCAGUUUGAGCUUGGAGAAGUGUCGAUCAACGUCCAGGAGCAGGAAUCCAUCCUUCACAGUAUGAAUUCCGCGUCUGAUUCUGCUUUUGCUUCUUUCUCCAUGGAGUAAUUCUCCCAUUCAUCUGGGUAUGGAGAACCCUAGAUUUGUAUGUUAGGCUUUGAUUGUAUGAACCCAAGUACUGAUUCUAUGAUUUGAUUAUGUUCAAUUGAGGUUUGAAUGAUUGAAUGGCAUGAAUCCUGAUCAAAUUCCUGUUGUUUCUGCUUUAACCUAGAAUGAGAAUAUCUGCCUAGGUUGAUAGAGCAUCCUUGAUUGAAGGUAGGGAGUUGGUGACUUUAGUCGAGGAGCCAACUCACUAUUCUGUACCGGAUUCACUUCGGUAGUGGAGGUUUUGUUCAUAGGGCCUCAAUCUGUUUACUCCGAUGGAGGUUAGUCGCCCGCUAGAGACUCAGAUUGAGAGGGUCUGAAGACCUUUAGUCGAGACUUCAGGCUGUUUGAGAACCUUCCGCAGUAUAACUAUCAUAGAAACUGAACUUGGUAAUUACAAUCCGGCUUAACUGCAGUCUAGGGGGAACCAUAUCCGGGUGACCUCUCUUAACCUGAAUACAACCGUUUACUUGCUUUGUUAGUUUGUUAGUUUAGACUUGCAUUAAAGUUUCAUUGCUAGAUAACAAGAAUUCACUGAGUAGUCAUCAAAUCUAGGACCCGGGUUGAUAAUUAAACCCAAACCCGCUAUACUACGCUUUAGGAAGUGGUUUCACUUGGCCAAUUCCUGGAGUGACAGUAGAAGUGAGUCAAGUUUUUGGCGCCGUUGCCGGGGACGGCUAAGUUGUUGAAGAAAAGUGAUUUCUGUUAAUUUAGCUUUUCUUUUCGCUUUGUUUGCUUUGUCCCACUUGUGCCUUCACGGGUUUGCUUGCUUGAGUGUGUGCAGGUAGUGCAUGACCCGUAGCCAGUCGGGAGGUUUACUGCCGUUGAAUCCAGAGAUUGAACGCUCCUGUCGCCAACUCAGGAGACAACAGCGAGCUAGACUGGCUCCGGAAGAGCGCAUAGACGGCCACCUGAGCAGCGAUUCUGAGGAAGAGUACGGGAUGGACGGAGAAUACAAUCCACACCAGGGGAAUCCUCAGCAGGCUCCCCCGGGGAAUCAGGUCCUGGGGAACAACCCCAUACCCCAGGAUCAUGGGGCUCAUCAUCAUCCACCGCCGCCGGGUCCCACCUUGGAGUACUACUACACUACUCGGAUAGCUGACAUCCGCCCGGUCAUCCUCUACCCGCCUAUUCCAGCAAACAACUUCGAGAUCAAGCCAUGCUGGAUUCAGCUCAUAACAUCCUCUAUCCAGUUCCAUGGCUUGAAGGAUGAGGAGGCCAGGGUGCAUCUUUCCCGUUUUCUGCAGCUGACGAACGGGUUCAAGCUGAAUGGUGUCCCUGAUGAUGCAAUCCGCCUUCAUCUCUUCCCCCAUUCUCUGGCGAGGAAUGCUAAGAGGUGGUUGGAGACCCAGCCCCCUUGUCCAUCACCUCUUGGGACGAUCUUGCUGACAAAUUCGUGCACAGGUACUAUCCGGCAUCGAAGACUACAGAGAUCCAGCGGGAGAUCACUCACUUCCGCCAAGAGCCAGAUGAGUCACUUCGUGAUGCAUGGGAGCGGUACAUGGGAUACUUCUGGCAGUGUCCCCAUCAUGGCUUUAGUGAUGCUUUCACAGUGGGGAACUUUUACAGUGCUCUCUCUCCAGACAGCAGAGGGUGAUUGAGUCUCUAUGCCCAGGAGGGGAUAUUCUUACUAAGACUAGGGAUGGCAAUGGGUCGGGUUGGGGCGGGUUUUGUCAAACCCAAACCCAAACCAUGGGUUUAUCUGCCAAAAAAACCCGGGGUAAAACCCGUUGGGUUUGAAAAACUCAAACCCAACCCAACCCGCUGGGUAUCCGCGGGUUCAUGGGUACCCGUGGGUUUUUGUGGUAAAAAUUUACAAUAACAAGUUUCUUUCAAAAUAAAAGUUUAACAUCAAU